AUGGAGCCCUGGCCGCUCCUCCUGCUCCUUGGGCUCUGCUCAGCUGGCCUCGUCCUAGGCUCCGAACAUGAGACCCGCCUGGUGGCAAAGCUGUUUGAAGAUUACAACAGUGUGGUUCGGCCCGUGGAAGACCACCGCCAGGUUGUGGAGGUCACCGUGGGUCUGCAGCUGAUACAGCUCAUCAACGUGGAUGAAGUAAAUCAGAUUGUGACAACCAAUGUGCGACUGAAACAGCAAUGGGUAGACUACAACCUAAAAUGGAAUCCAGAGGACUAUGGUGGCGUGAAAAAAAUUCACAUUCCUUCGGAAAAGAUCUGGCGCCCAGACCUCGUUCUCUAUAACAAUGCAGAUGGUGACUUUGCCAUUGUCAAGUUCACCAAAGUGCUCCUGGACUACACUGGCCACAUCACGUGGACGCCUCCAGCCAUCUUCAAAAGCUACUGUGAGAUCAUCGUCACCCACUUUCCCUUUGAUGAACAGAACUGCAGCAUGAAGCUGGGUACCUGGACCUACGAUGGCUCUGUGGUGGCCAUCAACCCGGAAAGCGACCAACCAGACCUAAGCAACUUCAUGGAAAGCGGAGAAUGGGUGAUCAAGGAGUCCCGAGGCUGGAAGCACUGGGUGUUCUACGCCUGCUGCCCCACCACCCCCUACCUGGACAUCACCUACCACUUCGUCAUGCAGCGCCUGCCCCUCUACUUCAUCGUCAAUGUCAUCAUUCCCUGCCUGCUCUUCUCCUUCCUAACCGGCCUGGUGUUCUACCUGCCCACAGACUCAGGAGAGAAGAUGACUCUGAGCAUCUCUGUCCUGCUGUCCUUGACCGUGUUCCUCCUGGUCAUCGUGGAGCUAAUCCCUUCCACCUCCAGUGCCGUGCCCUUGAUUGGGAAAUACAUGCUGUUCACCAUGGUGUUUGUCAUCGCGUCCAUCAUCAUCACGGUCAUUGUCAUCAACACACACCACCGCUCCCCCAGCACCCACGUCAUGCCCGACUGGGUACGCAAGGUUUUUAUCGACACUAUCCCAAAUAUCAUGUUCUUCUCCACAAUGAAAAGACCAUCCAGAGAUAAACAAGACAAAAAGAUUUUUACAGAAGACAUUGAUAUUUCUGACAUUUCUGGGAAGCCGGGGCCUCCACCCAUGGGCUUCCACUCUCCCCUGAUCAAACACCCCGAGGUAAAAAGUGCCAUUGAAGGAGUCAAAUACAUCGCAGAGACCAUGAAGUCAGACCAGGAGUCCAAUAACGCGGCUGAGGAAUGGAAGUAUGUUGCAAUGGUGAUGGAUCACAUUCUCCUUGGAGUCUUCAUGCUUGUCUGUAUCAUUGGAACCCUGGCUGUGUUUGCAGGUCGGCUCAUUGAAUUAAAUCAGCAAGGAUGA